AUGCAUUUUGCCGCAGACGAACUUCGUUGUGGACCAUACCGCCAGCUUUGGAACCCGCAAUUUAUGAUGAGCGGCAAGGAGGACGCCGCUAGCAACUACGCCCGUGGACAUUACACUGUGGGCAAACAGUACCUGGAAGGUCUGGUAAAUUCUAUUCGAAAGUGUGUCGAGAGUACCGACAAUCUGGCCGCCUUCAAGGUGAUCCACUCUCUUUCUGGUGGCACAGGCUCUGGUAUGACUGCUUUGCUGCUACAGCAUCUCUCUGAACAAUACGGCAAAAAGUUUAAGUUCUGCACGUCUGUAUUUCCGUCUCCUGUCUAUUCUCAGUCUACAGUUGAUCCUUACAACACAAUUCUGCACACUCACGCCUCCAUUGAGAGUGUGGACUGUGGCAUUCUGAUUGACAAUCAGACAAUGUUUGAGAGAUGCGUGAAAAAUUUGAGCGUUCCACGACCCUCAUUCUCCGACAUCAACCGAAUGUUGGCCAUGAUGCUGAGCACUGUGAUCCUAUCGCAUCGUUUCCAGUAUCAAGGCUCCCAACAAGCCGACAUUACCUCACUUCUCACCAACCUCGUCCCUUAUCCUCGCAUACAUUUUCCCAUCCUUUUCUACGCUCCACUCUGCAGCAAUUCAAGUGCUCCAUGUGAGACAAUGUCUGUCAUGGAGCUCACCAAGGCGGUCUUCACGCCUGAGGCUCAGACCAUUGCUUGUCCCUCACAGACCUCAGCUUUCAUUUCAUGCGCUAUGCUCUAUCGCGGCGUGAAUGGUCCCCGACAGAUCUAUGAUGCCCUACACUUCAUUAAAACACCCUCGAUGCUACGCUCAAAUGUGACCAGUUUUGUUGACUGGUGUCCGAGCAGUUUUAAGAUUGGCAUCAACGUCUGCCCACCAAUGACCAUUCCAAAUGGCAAUAUUCCCCAGACCCUACGGUCUGUCUGCAUGCUGGCUGGCAAUCUGGGCCUCAAGAAGGCCUGGGAGCGCAACAGCACCAAAUUUGAUGCUCUCUAUCGUCGGCGAAGCUUUGUCCAUUGGUUUAUUGGUGAAGGACUCGAAGAGGGCGAAUUCACCGAGGCGCGUGAAGACAUUGCCGCCUUGGAGCAGGACUACAAAGAGUUGAUGAUUGAAGUGGAUCCCAAUUCCGACUCGCAACAGCCCAUCGACAAUUAUCAAAUGCAACCGCCUCAGCAUGAAUACGAGUACACGCAUCAACAGAAUAUGCCUCCUCUCGAAAUGGCCGAACCCGGCGCCUUUUCCUCCACCGCCAAUUCAAACAACCCCACCUCGAGAAUAGCUACUCGUAGAAGCACACGAUCUGGACAAGUGACAACAGCACAGCCUCUUCGUAAUACAGUAACGAAUCGUCGACGUGUCGACAAUCGUCGUCAGCUGCGUGGACCUGAUGAGAUUGAUCAAACAACCAAAGCCCUACGUCAACAACAGCAAAUGCCACAACAAUUGCCACAACAACUACCACCACAACAACAACAAUUACUACUACUACAACAACAGCAGCAACAACAACAGUUGCUUGCGUCAAAUUUCACGGGUGUAUCGAGGGGUCAAGCGGCGGCCGUGGGCAAGCGCCGUGCGGGCGGAAUGCAGGAAUCGAUCCCCAUGUUCGACAACGGUGAUAGUUACCGAGCCAGUCGGGGUCAACAGACCUUGGUGCCAUCAGAGGGUAUAUUGCAGCCACCUCACAUCGAGGCGUAUGCUGUGUCGAGAAGUCGAGAGCGAGAAAGGAAUCGAAACAAUGCACGACUCUCACAGACUACCACAGAAACCAACUUUCAGAUGACCAAUCCGAUUGUGACAAAUGCAGACAAGACUGAGAACAACCUGACGCGAGUAUUCGACGACGGUGACUCGUCGAUUGGUGACGCCACUGAAGUGAGCGCCUACCAUCAACAGAACACAUCGGAUGGAAAUCGAGCUUCAGCCCUCUCCAACUUCUCCUCCAUGACGCAGGACAGUUUGGACAAAUUGCAAGUGGACAAAAAAAGCAUCACCUCAGGACAAGUCACGCCUCAUUCCAUCUCCUCAUCGGCGCUCAACUCCCAAAUGGCUUAUGCGUCUGUACUAGGGAUUCGUGAAAAUGCCAACACGCAGAAUCAAAUGCUCAUUUCAGACGGUACCAGUUUGAUUCCACGAAAAAUUGACUGUAUCUAUGACGAGAGUUCAGGGCUACCGGUUGUCCGACCAGUCGGUGUACGCAAUCAACUCGCCUGCAACCUGUCCAACCAUCGUAACCGGCGUCGACGUGGCACCAUUGAACUGGAACGUGACAUUAACAUUCCCAAUAACGUCUCUAGACCUCAGGUAGUCUGUACAAAGCCGGCUCCGGUCAACUCAUCCGAUGAAGGCGGAACUUCGCCCAUCUCAUCGGCUAGUUCAUUGACGACCGGUCAGCGAUUGAUAAAUCAUGCCAAUCGACCUGAGUUGGCCGGACUUGUUCAGCCUGUAGACAGUCCGGAUGUCACUUCACCUCAAUUCUUUAGUUCACAACAUGAACCCGACUCAUACACAAGACAUCCCAACAUACAUUCAUCGAAUGAUGAUCCCACCUGUUCAGUGGCCGAAGAGGCACCUCUCUAUUGUCAAUACAACUCCUCAAAUCCAGGCACAAGUACAGCUGCCAGCUCCGUCGGAACCCUACCACGUCAGGGUCAAUCAUUGAUCGAUUCUGGUACUGACUAUCUCCAUGAGACGUUGUCACCUCGAGAACCCAGACUGCCUGGACCCGGUAAACUCGAGGCUUUUAACCGGCCGAGUCAACGCGGUUUCACAGAUGCCCAACCAGCUGUCAGGCAUCAACACUACUGUCGACACCGACACAAGCACUCUCAACACCAACAACAAUAUCAAAGUAUACAUCAACAUCAGCAUCAACCACAUAAUCGACCAUUUUUCCGUGAUGAAGAGCACGUCUCCUCUCGUCCCCUUGCCCAGCUGACUGACAGGACGGUGCAUGGGGCAGAGACAAUAAGCAGUUCUGAGGACUGUUGUACCACGACAAGCACCAUGUAUCCGGCAAAUCUGAAAAAUGAGGCUUUAGACGAGGCCAGAACUGAUGAACAGUUGUGCUAUGCAACCGUGAACGGUGGUGCUAUGACUGGUGAGCCUGCUCGACAUCUGAGG